GUAAAGCGAAUACUACCACCCAUCCAUUGGUUUCGUUCGUUCGUUCAUGCUUUCAUUCAUUCCUGACUCAGAGUCAUCAUUAGCAGUCCAGAUCAAAGCCGCCCCAUCAAUCACCCCGCUAUACUCAGCUAGCCAACAUGGUCUUCAAGGUCCUCCUCUUCGCCUACCGCAAGCCAGGCCUGAGUCCGACCGAGUUCCGUGACCACCUCGAGGGCAGGCACAUGGACCUGCUCAAGCGGCUCUUCGGCACGGCCUUUCCCGUCUCCCACGUCCGCCGCUAUAUUCACCGGCGCGCCGCCGAGGAGGAGGAGGAGGAGCAUCGUGACCACUACCCUGCCACGGUGCUCGUCGGCGAGCAGGCGGACUUUGCGUACGACGUCAUCUCGGAGCUGACUUUUGCCGACGAGGACGCCUUCAGGGUCUUCUUCGCCCAGUACCAGUCGGAGGAGGUCGCGGCGGAGAUCAGGGAGGACGAGGAGCGGUUUCUGGAUGUGGGGAGGUUGCGGGCGGUGGUGCUCGGCGAGGUCUGUGAGACGGUGCGGUAGUGAGUGAGGUGGUGAGGUGGUGAGGUGGUGAGGUGAGAUGAGAUGAGGUGAGGUAAAGGAUGGGUGAGGUGAGUGUCAAGCCAGCAGCAGCAGGUAUACAGUAAGGUAUGGAUAUUUAGAGGACGGGCUUGGGCGCCGCCUAGGCCGCGCGUGUUUCGUCAUAUACGUGCAGGACACUCACACUCGCAAGCUUGUCAAG